ACAUUUUUUUUAAACACAAGCUUAAAAACUUUAUCAUUCACUACUCGAGUGUCCAUCAUACACAAUCCGAUUUUCAUUGUCGGUGGGUCGAUUAAUUUGAAUUCGCAUAUAGUAGGCCGGGAAAACUCUCCCUUCUCAUGCUUGAAGUCAGAGACUUCUGAUUAAGGAUCGAGAGAUUAAUUCAAACCACCAUCAUCCCACCAAGCCUUUGAGUUUUAUUUCCAUUUAUUAAUUAUUCGAUUUUCGUAGUUUGGCCUGAUUAAUUUGGAUUCGUGGUGGUUGCUCUCUACUAAGAAAUUCUCCAUUCUUAGGCUUGAAGUCAGAGAUUUCUAGUUAAGGAUCGAGAGAUUCCAACGUCCAUCUCACAUAACACAAACACGUUGUUUUUUGUGUCCAUUAUGGCUUUCCUUAGGUGCUUUGGGUACAACGUAAGGCGCACCGGACUUACUGAUGUCCGUGUUUUCGCAGAAGGCGAUAAAGAAGAUGAAUCAGAUAACACAAUGAUUGCUGAUGCAACGAGACAUACAAGUGAAGAGUUGAAGAAAUUCACCGCGAAUUUCUCCAAUUCCAAUUUAAUUGCCUGUGGUGGAUUUAGCAGAGUCUAUUUAGCUAAUUUCCCUGAUUCAUCUCCCAGAGCUAUCAAAAUCAUGGACAGCAGCAGCGAGCGUCUCAAUAGAAUCUACAAGCAAGAAUUAGACAUUUUGAUUCAAAUCAAACACGACAACAUAGUUAAACUUCUUGAUCAUUGUGAAAAUGAUGAAUCUGGAAACAUGCUCGUGUUCGAGUAUGUCUCAAAUGGUACUCUACAGGACAAACUCCACGAAAACAGAGAUAUGACAAUUCUUCCAUGGAGAAACCGAAUGGCAGUAGCAUUUCAACUUGCUCAAGCUAUUGAGUAUCUUCAUGACAAAUGUCCUUCACAAAUUGUGCAUAGCGAUAUCAAGUCCUCUAAUAUAUUGCUAGACGAUCAAUUCAAUUGCAAGCUUUGUGAUUUUGGGUCCGCGAAAAUUGGAUUUUCUUCUUCAGUUUCACCAUUAACGAAAAAUCGAGUGAUACUUGGUUCUCCAGGUUAUACUGAUCCUCACUACUUGAGGACCGGCAUUGCCUCCAAGAAAAACGACAUAUAUAGCUUUGGAGUCAUUAUUUUAGAACUCAUUUCAGGGGUUGAGGCCUUUUCCUCAGGUAGUGGGGAGAGGUUAAUAUCGAAAGCUGCUGCGAUUUUGAACGAUGUGUCUAAGGUAGAGGAAAUGAUAGAUCCACGCCUCGAUAGGAAUUACGUAUUGGAGGAAGCUAAGGCCAUGGUGUCAGUUGCAGCAUUAUGCCUAAGUGAUUUCCCAGGCCUCAGACCCUCUGCUUCUGAAAUUUUGGAGAAUAUGAGAAGUAGAAUAUCUUCCAUCUCCUUUCUGUUUUCAGUUGGUAAAAAGGUUUGAGUAGGGACGGAGCUAGGAAGGGCCAAGGGGUUCAUCCGAAAUCCCUUCAUUGAAAAAUUAUAUUAUUUAUACAUGAUUAAAAUUAUAAUAGUAUUUAUGUGUGAUACUAGUUAAAGGUUCAUGUAAAUUUGUAUAGGGAUUUGUCACAAUUGAAAGUUUUGUCAUAGCUAGGGAAAGAAUUAGUUCAAGAAACUCCUUACAAAUUGAGAGUUGAAAUUUUGAAUGAUCAAAUUUGAUUUGUUACUCAACUAUGAAAAAUAGAGCAAAUUUGUCUUAGACUUGAAA